CUACUUUGAAUUAAAUCCCUAAAAAAGGGAAACAUCAAGAAUCUUUUUUAAUUUGUCAGUCACACGCACACACAAAAAAAAGAAGAAGAGGAAUAAAAUGGCUCGAGCUAGGUGGAAACCAACUCCACAACAACUAAUGAUCUUACAGGAUAUGUACAGAAAAGGUUUGACAAAUCCAAAUUCAUGUCAAGUACAAAUGAUUACUUGCCAUCUUUCUAUGUAUGGAAAGAUUCAAUGGAAGAAUGUGUUCUAUUGGUUCCAAAACCACAAAGCUAGAGACAGGCAAAAAAUGAGAAAACAGCAGCAAAAGCAAAACCCUCCACCUUCUCCUUCUUCUUCUUCUUAUGCUUCUGCGCCUGUGAAUUGUCAACUAUACCCUAACUCUCCAACUAUUUUUCUUCAUCAGGUUGAAGGAACAGAUGCAUCACCUCAUCAAAUGAUGAAGUGCCUCUGGAAGAAUGGCAUGAUGAGAACCAACGGUAGGGAUUGGAUGUUGAUGACAGAUCACGAAGGUUCUUCUAAUAAUAUGGUCCAUUGCAACAAUAGCAGACCUCUAAAAACAUUACAACUUUUCCCUGUCACAACAACUGGCUUCAAGGAUUAGAAUUUGCUUAAUUUAUUUAUAUCACUAAUAAUUAGCAGCUAGUACUAUAUAUUAUUUGAAGUGUACUUUAAUUUGAUUCAUGUAUUGUACGUGUGGCAGCUUUUAUAGUA